ACCACGGUUUAUAAUUAAUGCCAUUAAAAAUAGCCGUUGAAUCAACCACAUGCAGCUAACAGGGCAGGGAAACUGUUGUGUAACCAGCAACCCAGAAGGAAACGCCAGAAGAAUGUCAUGAUCUAAAACCGUCCCAAGCAGCCGGAGAAGCCGGACCCCCCAAAAGUCUCUUCCAGAAUGUCCUACUCUUCGCUAAAUGCAGACGACCUGAGACGCCCCGGGCUACAAAGAACAUCCAGUCGCUCCUUGGCCAGCCGGCAGAGCUACCAAACGCCAGAACUGGGGGAGCUGCAGCGCAUGUUGUGGUCACCCGUUCCUUGCCGGGCCAAUGUCAACGAAGUCUGGCCUAACCUUUAUAUUGGAGAUUUGUACAUAGCCCGGGAUAUAGAGCAGCUACGUCGGAUGGGCAUCUCCCACAUUGUGAAUGCGGCUGCAGGACGAUUCCACAUUGAUACGGGAGCCAAGUUCUACCGAGACUUGCCAGUUGAUUACUACGGUGUGGAAGCCGACGACGAUCCCAAGUUUGAUCUCAGCAUUUACUUCUACCCAACGGCUAAAUACAUCAGGGCAGCGCUGAACUCGCCCAGAGGGAAAGUAUUGGUUCACUGUGCCAUGGGGAUAAGCCGCUCAGCCACCCUGGUGCUGGCUUUCUUGAUGAUCUACGAAAACAAGAACCUCGUGGAGGCCUUAAAGAUUGUGCGAGAACACAGAGGAGUCUGCCCAAACACGGGGUUCCUCAGCCAACUUCGAGAGCUUGACCUCCGGUUAACGAGUGAAAAAGGAAAAGCGACAACAGGGAGGCCUUGAAACUUUAGGGAUAAAAUACUCGGAGGGCAGCAAGUCCCAGAGGAACAAUUGUGUCCCCCAAAAAUACCAAAGUUCCAAAGGUGCUGUGAUGUCUACCGGCCCUGCCAUGAAAACUCUCUCGCUAGCGUCUCGUUCCAGAUUAAAGGUGUGUG